AUGGCAGGGCCGUAUUUGCCCUCGUUGCCUGGAGAUCUCUUGACUGAGUAUAUGUUCGGUAGAAGACGGCAAAGGAGAAAUAGAACAACGUUUAGUCCACAGCAGUUGCAAGAGUUGGAAGCUCUGUUUCAGAAGACUCACUAUCCAGACGUUUUCUUAAGAGAGGAAGUUGCACUGAGGAUUAGCUUAUCUGAAGCUAGGGUUCAGGUGUGGUUUCAAAACCGGAGAGCCAAAUGGAGAAAACAAGCGAGACUUCAACUUCUUCAGGACGCUUGGAGAAUGCGAUGCCUGGGAAUAACUUCACCACAGUUAAUACUAUCAGGUAGACAUCCACCACCACCUCUCCCAGGAAACCUCCAAGACAUUGCAGACACUCCACCUCCAGAAUAUCACCAAGUUGGAAAUCCAAAUAUUCCGUUGUCGUGCAGUUGUUCACCAGGUGCUGAAAACAGAAGUCCACAAAGUUACCGAAGUUCGCCUAGUCCUACUCAAUUAUCACCAGGUGGACCAGACGACUUGUCACUUACCAAAAAAAUAGCAGAAGAUAAUUUGGAAAUCAAUAAAUGUUUGGCUCCAAAUGACACUCACCGAGUAGCAACACCUAUUCAGUAA